CCUGAGAAAGAAAGAAAGAAAGAUAGACCGUGGUGUGAUAGACAGCGGUUGUUGAGUCAAGUGUGAACUGACUCACUGUGACUCGCUCAUCGGGAACCACACCCGACGGUUACUCACAACAACUUCACCAAUCGGAUUCCAGAACCUUCACGAAUGACACACUGCGCACCAUAGCACAAGCAUUUUCAUCUCCAUCUCACUUGUUGAUCUCCAUGGGCAAUUGUGGCACUCGCGAGGAAUCUGCAACUACUUCCGAUACAAAUAAUGAUGGUAAUCAGCUACAGGUGACAUCUAGUUUGGAGAAGAAGCGUAGUAGGUCAAUAUCGGGACUCAGCGAGCCUUCCACACCUCGUAACGACAUGAACAUUAGUGAAGCAUCCAGAAAUAAUGCUAUGUCAUAUAAUACUAUCACGUCGUUCACGAUGUUUGAGCUCGAAACCGUUACCAAAAGCUUCAGGUCUGAUUACAUUCUGGGAGGAGGUGGUUUUGGGACUGUUUACAAAGGUUAUAUAGAUGAAAAUGUUAGGGUUGGUCUCAAAUCUUUGCCUGUUGCAGUCAAGGUCCUCAAUAAGGAGGGCCGUCAAGGCCACAGAGAAUGGCUUACGGAAGUCAGUUUACUUGGUCAACUCAGACAUCCAAAUUUGGUGAAGCUGAUAGGAUAUUGUUGUGAGGAUGAUAACAGGUUGCUUGUCUAUGAGUUCAUGUUCAGAGGAAGCCUCGAGAAUCACUUGUUCAGAAAAGCAUCUGUACCAUUAUCAUGGUCAAAAAGAAUGAUGAUUGCUUAUGGAGCUGCAAAAGGUCUUGCCUUUUUGCACAAUUCGGAAUGGCCCGUAAUUUAUAGGGAUUUCAAAACAUCAAACAUUUUGCUGGAUUCGGAUUAUACAGCUAAGCUAUCUGAUUUCGGGCUCGCAAAAGCUGGACCUCGAGGGGACGAGACCCAUGUAUCAACUAGGGUUAUGGGUACCUAUGGUUAUGCUGCUCCUGAAUAUGUCAUGACUGGACAUCUUACAGUAAGGAGUGAUGUGUACAGUUUCGGGGUGGUUCUUUUGGAGUUACUAACAGGAAGAAAGUCAGUCGACAAAACAAGACCAAACAAAGAACAGAGUUUAGUGGACUGGGCCCGGCCCAAACUCAAAGACAAGAAAAAAAUGCUGCUAAUUAUAGACCCGAGGCUACAAGAUCGGUACUCACUUAGGGCAGCCCAAAAAGCUUGUAGUUUGGCAUAUUACUGUUUAAGCCAAAAUCCAAAAGCUAGACCCUUGAUGAGUGAUGUGGUUGAGACUUUAGAGCCUUUACAACAUGGCAGUUCAAAUGAUGCUACCUUGUCUUCUUCCAUGUCUCCCCUUGCAGGCGGUGGCGGCUCAGAUAACCGGAUGGGUCAUAGGUUCGUUAGGACAGUAGGAAGUGCUGGCGGGUGUCGGUCCCGAAACAUGGAUUGUGCUCAGGGAACUCCCGUUCCAUGUCGGGUUAGAUAAGAAGAUUGAAUGGCGGCGGCAGUUGCUCAGAUUAACAGACUGGUCACAAGUUUCUUAGAACAGUAGGUGGUGGUAACUAAAGUAACUUUAAAUACAAAUUGUCUUGUUUUAAUGAUUUAGAGAAAUGAUGAGUUUACUUUAUAAAUGUAUUUAAGCUUUAUUUUGUACUUUA